AGCGGACAUUUCUGAGCAACAACAUUGUCAAGAGGAAAUCAGGCAGUUGGCCUAUCCAUUCGUUCCCCAAGCCACCAUGAGGUUCUUCCCAUUGCUUGUGAGCCUUCUUCCCCUUGGCGUCCUGGGUGCGAAGAAGCCCACCGAUCCAUUCCAAGACUUCCACAACAAACCAAGCCCCAUGAAACUCGUCGACGUCACCUACGAUCGAUUGACCUCCGCCCCGAGAGAUUACACCGUUGCGGUGCUGCUCACGGCUUUAGAGGCGCGGUUCGGAUGCGAAUUAUGUCGGCUGUUCCAGCCCGAAUGGGAGCUGUUGGCAAAGAGUUGGAGGAAAGGGGACAGUAGCGGAGAGUCAAGGCUGCUCUUUGGGACACUGGAUUUCAUAGACGGGAAAGCGACGUUCCAAUCGCUCAAUCUCCAAACCGCGCCGGUCUUGUUGAUAUUCCAUCCAACGAUUGGUCCGGAUGCCAAAGUGGAUCCUCAGCCGACACGAUUCGAUUUCAACGCAGGCCCACAAACCGCCGAGUCCGUCCACGCCAUACUUAGUAGGCAUCUCCCUAGCGGCCCUCAUCCCCCCGUGCGCCGUCCUGUGAACUACGUCAAAAUAGUGGUCAUCACAACCGCCGUGCUUGGUCUCAUUACAUUAUUUGCCGUUGCCGCACCAUAUCUUCUACCGAUCAUCCAGAACCGGAAUCUGUGGGCUGCGAUCAGCUUGGUCUUGGUCCUAGUCUUUACAAGCGGCCAAAUGUUUAAUCACAUUCGUAAGGUACCUUACGUCGCGGGGAACGGCAAGGGAGGGAUCAGCUACUUUGCUGGAGGCUUUCAAAGUCAAUUCGGCCUCGAAACCCAGAUUAUCGCUGGCAUAUACGGCAUGCUUGCAUUCGCCACGAUCACCUUGGCUCUCAAAGUUCCAAGAACGGCGGAUCCAAAGAGGCAACAAGUAGCUGUGUUCAUCUGGAGUGGCAUACUCUUCCUUGUUUACAGUUUUCUCCUGAGCGUUUUCCGGAUGAAGAACAGCGGAUAUCCUUUCACGUUACCUCCAUUUUGAGCAAUGUAUCGCCAGUCCGUAACAUGUCAGACUUUCGAUACUGCCGGAGAGAUAUAAGAGCUAGGAAGAUGUCAAAAGUCCUUGCCCCGAGAAAAACCUAUUCCAUUGUGUCUGAUCUGUCUGGCGUCAAAUGUUGAGUUGCACCUGGUGUUCUGGGCGUUGAACUGGCCACGACUUAGACUCUG